AUGUGCCCGGCGUGCCCACAUCCGGGCAAAAACUUACCCAGUGGUUGGGAGAAUUCGCCCCCAGGAACGAGAUGGUUGUACGCCCUUUUCAUCGCUAUAGAUGCGAAUUUCCGUCUCAAACGGAAGGCUGUCUCCUCCGACAAAAUGAAUCCGGGCUUCAACGCGGGAUGGGCCUACUUUGUUGAGGAGAAAGCAUAUAAGGCCUAUUUAUCGGACACAUGUGUCAGCCAUAACGCUGUCAACAUGGCUGAUACCAAAUCCUCACGAGGCCUGGCAGCAACCGGCAUAGGAACUGUCAACUGUGCUCGACAUGAAUUCAAGUUGCCGAAUGGGGUAGGUGAUCUUCAGAAGGGCGAAAGGUACCUGAAUAUGGAUUACCUUGUAUUCUCGACGCUGGUUGGGUUCACGGUGACCAUGCUGAAUAUUUCGUACAAUAUCGCAUGUCGUACAUUGAAGCGCAAGAUGGAAGAGGCCGUAAAAUGGGAGCGGGAACAUUGUGCUGCGUUGUACGACCUGGAAGCAACUGUUCGGCCUACACUACUGGAAGAAUGGGGGUUAGAAGUUCAGCUAUGGGAGGAGGACAACGCUCAUCCAAACCCUUUUGAGAGUAAGGUAGCUCCUAUCACGCAGGCUGCGGUAAGGUCGCAGCUCGCAGAUUGGAAGCAAAAGAGUUGCAGGAAGGGAUCAUCACUCACUCGACUCGACGUCGUCUCGCCCAGUGUGCUUAUUAGCGGUGGUAUUGAAUUAGAAGACAUGCAACAACGGCUCAAAUGUGACAUUGCAAACCUCUCACUUCAUCCACAGACAAACAACGAGAGGCCAUUGUUCACAGGACUAAUGCGUUACAGAGAUUUCGAGCGCAGCACUCAAGCCUCAAGACUUCCCACUAUAUCUUCCAUCGGCUCUCUAUUUCACCAGUGCCAUCGCUGUUUGAUGGAGUACGAGUGGGAACUUUGGUGGGCACAAGCUCAUGAUGCGCUCCACAACUCCGCUCCCAUCUUCGUCUAUGCUCGCACAUGUACAAAUUCAAGGACAAGCACUUACGUGGCCAAGCAGCAUCCACCUUGUGCCCAGAAUUUGAUUGCAAGUGUCGAGGCAAAGAAAGAUGCAGCAGCGGACAAAUACAAAUGCGCACGCCAAGCACUGGGGUCGCUAAGCUCUCAUGUGGAUAAGGUCGCCUGGGAGGAAAAACUUCGACCUCUCAGACACAAGAGGUUCGACCCAUGGGUGAUUUGCAGGUGGCCAUACUCAGGGUACCGGAACAAUAUCAUGGAUCUGGCUGCGUUCAAGACUGGCGUCCACAUAGAGUGGUGUAAGGCACGUGCUCGCGCAGCUCGAUGGUCUGAGGAAGUGGAGUUACUAGCCAAAGAAAUGCAACGAGUGCUUGCCUUUCUGGAGUGGCAAGGCCACUGGUGGAGCACUGUUCUGCACCCAUUGGAGAAGAUCACUGAGCAAGAGGGUUUGCGCAUCUUCGUUCCUCAACUCGCCGUGGUUUCGGAGUCAGUGGAUGUUUGUAACGAUGACAGUGGUCCUUCGAUUGAUGCGCCUCCUAUGGUCAUGGACUUUGAAGAGUAG